CUAAUUGAGAUUUUUAGCGCAGUUUGUCUUUGUAGGAACUUUUUUUUUCAGGGUAUCAUAAUAUGCACACCACCACCACUUUUUUUAUAUUUGCAGCUUUUUAAAGUACACUAUAUUAAUCUACAUAUAUGAUAUACCCAUCAACGAAUAUAAUAUGUCUAUAGUUGAUAUUAAUCUUUGUAAUAUGUGAAAUAUGCUGAACAUGAUGUGUAUAUCUCUUGUAAGAAAUAUACCUUCCUUUUUGCGAACUCCUCUUCUUUAUUACAGUUGCCGUUUUUAAUUGGCGGCAAAAAAAAUUAUAAACUCUAAUAUAUAUUAUUAUGCUACCAAGCAAUUAACUUUACAGCUAUACAAAAAUGUUCCACAUUCAAACUAUUCUUUCAGUUAUCACUCAUCAAGUUAAAGAUGCAUUUGGAGAAUAUCUUGAACCUCUACCAUCAGCUAUGCUUCCUAUUACUAUCCGAGUUAAUACUUUACAAGAAGAUGAUGAUAAAUCUUUAUUUGUGGAACCUAUUCGAGAUCCCGAUCCUGUGGUGUUUACACAUACCAAUUCCCCCUAUGAAUAUUUGAAACUUUAUGAUGAAGAUUACUUUUGUGAAGAUCUGAUUAGUUAUCAUGAUAAGCAUUAUUUGGGAUUAUUUUUUGAAAAAAUCAUGAGUUUAAAUCCAAGUCCUAAUCAAGUCAUUUAUUUGGAAUUCAUUUUGGGUAAACGUGAUAAUGGAUUAGGUAUGUUUGAAUUGUUGAAGAAGAUGUGUUAUUUCCAACUGAGAUUAUGGCAUUUAUUCCAAUUUCGAUUCCAUCUUUUUAUCUAUCAUGAUUUCUCCAUUGAUAAUCAAAUUCAAUUCAGACUUCCAAUUCAUAUAUUAAAAAAAUUUCAAUGGUAUAGCUUUGUAUUUGAAACUGAUCCAAUCAUUCCACCUCAAAAUAUGGAAAUGGCAUUAUAUAACUUAUCAAAUUUACCUACUAUUCCAUUAGGUUGGUGGUUGGCUGAUAGCUUUUGUGUCUUGGAAUACAUCCAUUUAGGUGAAAAGAUCUUACAUAUAUCAGAUAUUGAUCAAGGUCUUUCCUUUGUUCACAAAUUUAAGAAUCCAGAAUAUGAAAAGCUUCGUCAUUUACAUACAUCAGAUCCAAUAUGGACAGAACACUACUACUACCAUGACUAAUAAUAAUAAUAAUAAGAUGAAUAAAUAAUACAAUUACUUUUUGGCAACGUAUAUAU